CAGAUGAGUAGUACAAGUAUCACAUCAUUGACGACCCACUCUCAGGCCGGUGUCAAUCAAUUGGGUGGUGUCUUCUCUAAUGGCAAACCCUUACCAUUUCAUGUGAGGCUUAAGAUAUUGGAAAUGGCUUUAUGUGGGUAUCGGCCGUGCGAUAUAUCCCGACAGCUACUGGUCUCACACGGGUGUGUCAGCAAAAUACUGUCCCGAUUUACAGAAACUGGUUCUAUAUUACCCGGUGCUAUUGGUGGAAGUAAACCACGAGUAUCGACACCAUUAGUGAUAAGCAAAAUAAGACAAUAUAAAGAAGAAAACGGAUCUUUGUUUGCGUGGGAAAUACGGGAAAAACUACAAUACGAUGGUAUAUGUCUUCGGGAAUCACUUCCAAGUGUCUCAUCUAUUAAUCGUAUAUUACGUAAAACAAUUGGCAAAACUAAGACUCGCAGCACUGGUAGUUCAGCAAUCUAUUCAACAUCCACUACAUUAACACAAGUUCAAUGCAAUUCAAUCAAAUUUAACUAUAAAUAU